AUGUCUUUGAUGAAAGCCAUAAAGCGAGAUAUUGUGACCGAUGCAGAGAAAGAAGCAUUAGGAGUACAAGGAUUCCAUAUAGGAUCUGAACUUGGAUCCGGUUCAUACGCUAAAGUAAAAGCAUGUGACUACAUCAACGGUGCAAAACGAAUAAGGAUGGCUGCAAAAGUUAUCUGCCGCAGUAAAGCUCCGCCGGACUUCUUGGCAAAGUUUCUUCCGCGAGAACUGCAGAUUCUACAGCUUUUGGAGCAUGACAAUAUCGUGAAAGUUUAUAGUAUUAAAGAGGUUGGCGAUAAUACGUAUAUAUUCAUGGAGCGGGCAGAAAACGGUGACCUACUAGACUACAUCAAGAAUCGAGGAGCAGUAGAACAACCGACGGCAAAAAGGAUGUUUAGGGAGCUGGUCUCCGCUAUAAAGUACUGCCAUGACAAGAACAUCGUCCACAGAGACCUAAAAUGCGAGAACGUACUCUUGGACAAGCGAUGGAGGGUGAAGUUGACAGAUUUCGGCUUCGCGCGCUUCUGUGUGGAUGAAGAAACGAACAAGCGUGUGCUGAGUAAAACGUAUUGCGGUAGUGCAGCCUACGCCGCCCCAGAGAUACUACAGGGCAUUCCGUACAACCCAAAGAUGUACGAUGUGUGGAGUCUCGGCUGCGUGCUUUUCAUCAUGGUGUGUGGCUCGAUGCCGUACGACGACUCGAACAUUCGCAAGAUGCUUGAGACGCAGCUCAGCAACAAGCUGACGAUUCCCUCGAAGAUGAUGUCCAAACUGGACGCACAAUGCAUCGCCUCGCUACGGCGCAUGCUCGAGGUUGACGUCACCAAGCGUGCGCCCGUUAACCAGAUACUCGGGUUCGAGUGGCUCAAAGAGACUACCGCGAACCCGCCCGCGGCAGCAGCACCAUAA